AUGACUCCCAAGGAAACCGUACCCAGGAAGAAAUCCUGCAAUCAUUGCUAUCAGUCAAAAGCGCGGUGUGACCUCAAAAGACCGUCUUGCACACGAUGCCGCAACCGAAGCCUUGAUUGCAUCUACGUUGCCGCAAAGCUCGACACAGAAAGCGAUAUCAGCCAGCAUUUCUCGGCUACUGUCAAUGAGGCCUGGCUUUCGGCUCCGCCUGCCGCAGAAGGCCUCGCGACCGAGUUGCUUGAUUUCGACAACAUCCAUCUAGUAUGCACCGUGGAUGAACACAGGAUCCGCGGCCGCUGGCUGGAGAGCUUACUGCCUUCUAUGGACCAGAGACCGAAGCCGUUUCAUCCAUCGACGAUGGCGUUCGUGACCCGCGUGUUUAAGUCUUAUCCUAGAAUGUUCCUGACUGAGAAUCUGCCUCCAUUCAUUCACUGGUCUCAAAUUGCAUAUCGGAUUGCUGAGCCGUUGGCAAAUUGCAUGAACAUAGCACGCAUGUGGGUGACACAGACUCCUGAGAGCGCUGCCAUGGUCCGAGAGGUCAUCGGACAGGAAAUGUCACGAAUAUUUCAAAAGGUAGGUACAAGCAUCCUCCGAACUGGUUCCGGGGCUGAAAGGGGCGAACAGCGUGCGUUUUCCGGACACCUGGAGCUCUUGGCCAUCUUACAAGGUUACCUUCUCUAUGCCAUAAUGCUCUUCUGUUCGGCGAAUGCUACUAGCUUCGUCGAACAAGAUAUCAUGAUCAAGCUCCAGGAUUUAGCGGGCGACCUUGCAAGCAGAGGGACGUUAUGUCCUGCGGAGACGAACGGUAGCAGACCCGAUUGGGAAUCCUGGAUUGUCGCCUCUACAAAAAGGAGGACGCUCUUCGCUACCUACCUACUUGACAAUCUCGUCAAUUUCACAGUGGGCUCUCCAUCCUAUGUUGCCGUAGAGCUCACAGGCCUCCCGGCGCCUGCGAGCAAGACUCUGUGGAAUGCGCGGGAUCGUCGAUCUUGGAAUACGGCCUAUAACCAACAGCUGGGCCUUUGGAGCGACGGAGAGCUACUCAUCAAUGAUCUCUGGCCACAAUCUGAUCCGAAUCCGUCGCUGGUGCGACAGAAAAAGAUCGAUAAUUGGCUGUCAUCCGUGGACGAAUUCGGCAUGAUGCUAUAUGCUGUGACCUCUCACACAUACCAGGAAGCUUGA